CGAGUUGGAAGCGCACGCAGGUUAAUGCUUGACGGGUGACGUCACUGCUCCACACACACGGACACACACACACAAACAGAGACACGCACACACACAUUGAGCUCGCGGAGUAAUAGUGAGUAAGUGAGCGAGACCGAUAGUCGCGCGCUGUUGUAGUAAAGAACAUGAGGUCCUGUGCGUAAGUAACGUAAUCGCUGUUCGGUCGGUGCGCGCGGGGUUUAGCGCAGAUUUACCGGAUUUCAGUGGGGUUUUUUUUCACGAACACCGGGAGGCUUCGACGAGGAUUUUUUUCUUUUUUUCUUGCAUUUUGUUUUUCUUUUUUUCUGCAGCGGGAGAAAUGGCGGCGGCGGCGGCCGUGGCUGCGUCCCGGAGGCAGUCGUGUUAUCUGUGCGACCUGCCCCGCAUGCCGUGGGCUAUGAUCUGGGAUUUUACCGAGGCCGUCUGCAGGGGAUGCGUGAACUACGAGGGCGCGGACCGGAUCGAGUUCGUGAUCGAAACCGCGCGGCAGCUUAAACGAGCCCACGGGUUUCAGGAGGGCAGGUCUCCGGGGCCCGGGAAGCACCCGGUCUCGGGAAAGGACAUCCAGGGAGUGGACCCGGGCUCACGGCCUCACCAGCAGCUGGACCGAUACCCUCUUUCCUCGGACCGUCCUCCGCGACUGGGACAAGAAUAUCAGUCCGGACGGCAGGCCAACGGCAUUUCGGUUCCGAACGGAUUCUCUAAACCAGACGAUCCACCGGAGCUGAACCGCCAGAGCCCGAACCCCCGCAGGACUAGCAGCACCGUUCCGCCUAAUUUAGUGUCUCUGAACGGCGGCCUUCCGCCGGUCCACGCCGUUAACGGCAGACCGAUUGGACUACCGUCUGCUCUGGUGGGGGUCAGUCCGGGCGAGCUGAGCGGCAAGCGGCCGUCCUCCGUCUCCAGCACCGAGCACGACCGCGAGCUGAAGGACAAGCACCGGCCGGACAGCCUGACCCCGGAGCUCAGCGAGACCCAGAAAAGGCCGGUUCGGGACCUUAUAGCGCUCAGUCCGUACGACAGCAGGUUCAAAAAGGAGCACGCGCUACAACAAAGGAUGAUGUACGAAAGCGCCCCGUCCUCCAAAACAGACCGGGGGAAACACCCGCGGAGCCAGAAGCGUAAAGCCUCUCCGGAACCGGACUCGGAGCACCCCGCGGGGAAGCUGAACGGAGACCAGUGGCUGCCCGCGCCGGUGGACGCGCUGAAGCUGGCCGCCUCGGGGGCUCCGCCGAACUUCGGCCCGUCCACAGCGUCCCCGCUCUCCCGCGGCACUCCGCCCGAGGCGGCGCACAACGGCCCGUCUCCCAUGGCGGCUCUGAUCCUGGCGGCGGAUAAUGCGGGCGGCGGGGGCGGAGGCAGCUCGCCCAAGGACGGUAAUCAGGUGCACUCAACGACGCGGCGGAACAGCGGCAGCCCGCUCUCACCUUCAUCCACGAGCCAACAGCGGAGGGUGCGAGAAAACUCGGGAGCGGUCACGCCACACGCGACUCCCACCGACCACGCGCACUCGCAGAGCGUCCCGGACUCGUCGGUUCCCGGGGGCGGCGGCGGAGGAGGAGGAAUGCCGCUGUGCUGCACGCUGUGCCACGAGCGCCUCGAGGACACGCACUUUGUCCAGUGCCCGUCGGUUUCCUCCCACAAGUUCUGCUUCCCGUGCUCCCGGGAAAGCAUCAAGCAGCAGGGCGCCACCGGGGAGGUGUACUGUCCCAGCGGGGAGAAGUGUCCGCUCGUGGGCUCCAACGUGCCGUGGGCCUUCAUGCAGGGCGAAAUCGCCACCAUCCUGGCGGGGGACGUUAAAGUUAAAAAGGAGCGGGACCCGUGAUCACGAGCUCUAACAUUUUAAAACACCACAAACCGAACAAAAACAUAUACUGUACAGACCGGAAACACGGGGCACGUGCGUUUCCUAAACAUUACUGUUUUUUUAAUAAAUUGUGUUUCUAUACUUUUGAAGAUACAGGUAUGUACUCACUGUUCCGGACGAUCUUCCUCCUCUUUGUCUCUGUUUUAACGAUUUAUUGAUGUACCUUUGGUAUGGUGGCGAUUCCUGUUAAACGUAGAAUGUGACUAAUGCAACUCUACGAGCACUUGUCAAAAGUGAAGAAAAAAACGCUUUUAGCUGUUCUUGUAUGCACUUGUUUUAAAAAAAUGCCAAAUACAUUUUUUUCUGACCUUGUA